AUGAUGUCAGCAAAAGGCACAAAAAUCGGCGCAUUCACGCAAAGAAUCAGCGCAUUCUCGACGCAAGCGCAAACCGCCACGUCACCAAUUGUUUUUGUGGGAAAAGGAACUACACGUGAGUGAUUUUGAGCGGAAAAUUCAAAUUUUUCGCAAUUUUUGAGGCUAGAACGAUUGAUUCUGCAAUUUCGCGUGAAAUUUAGUGUUUUUACGUGAAAAUUGAUGCAAAAACAUUGAAAUUGACAAAAAAAUGCAGAUUCUCAGGGUUUUUCUGCAUUUUUACGUCAUUUUCGGUGUCAAAACAUUGAAAUUGACGUAAAAAUGCAGAUUUCACCAUUUUUCUGCAUUUUUACGUCAUUUUCUCAUGCAAAACACUGAAAUUGACGGGAAAUUGCAGAAUUUCCCCGAUUUUCUGCAUUUUCUCGUAGUUUCCACUGUAAAACACCAAAUUCCACGCGAAAAUGCACAAUUUUGAUGUGAAAACACUAAAUUUCACGGAAAAUUGCAGAAAAAUCGAUUUUUACAUGGAAAACACUGAAAUUGACGGGAAAUUGCAGAAUUUCCUCGAUUUUCUGCAAAACACCGAAUUCCACGCAAAAAUGCACAAUUUUCAGCUCGUCAAAACUCGCUUCUCGGACCCAACGACACAAAAUAUCCAUUCCAAGGUGACGUGGCAUUCGGUGGCAAAAUUGAUGUAAAUUUUUCGAAUUUUUGAAUUUCCCACCAAAAAAUCAAUUUUGCAGCCAUUCGUCACUCGCGGAGCAUCGUCGCAACACCACCAAGACUACGCCAAUCAGAUUUUGGAGAAUAUCAUGUCGAACAACGAGCAUUCGCUUUUGGGAUUGUUGUCCAACACAAAUGUCGAGGCGGACAGGGAUCAUUUGGAGAAAAUGAGUGUAUGUGAUAGAAAAAUGUGGGAAAAUUCGGAUUUUUCAUGAAAAAUGAGCCAAAAAUCAUGAAAAUUGGUCAAAAAUGAGCCCGGAACCGAGUUUUCUACGAAAAUCUGCAAUUUUUCGUCAAUUACAUUGUUUUAACACCGAAAAUGACGCAAAAAUGCAGAAAACCCUGACAAUCUGCAUUUUUUCGUCAUUUUCAAUGUUUUGACACCGAAAAUGCAGAAAAACCCUGAAAAUCUGCAUUUUCUCGUCAAUUUCAAUGUUUUGACACCGAAAAUGACGCGAAAAUGCAGAAAACCCUGAAAAUCUGCAUUUUCUCGUCAAUUGCGAUGUUUUGACACCGAAAAUGACGCGAAAAUGCAGAAAAACCCUGAAAAUCUUCAUUUUUUCGUCAAUUUCAAUGUUUUGACACCGAAAAUGACGAGAAAUUGCAGAAAAAUGGUGAAAUCUGCAUUUUUUCGUCAAUUUCAAUGUUUUGACACCGAAAAUGACGCAAAAAUGCAGAAAAACCCUGAAAAUCUGCAUUUUCUCGUCAAUUUCAAUGUUUUGACACUGAAAAUGACGCAAUGAUGCAGAAAAACCCUGAAAAUCUGCAUUUUCCGUCAAUUUCAAUGUUUUGACACCGAAAAUGCAGAAAAAACCUGAAAUUCUGCAUUUUUUCGUGAAUUUCAAUGUUUUGACACCGAAAAUGACGCGAAAAUGCAGAAAACCCUGAAAAUCUGCAUUUUCUCGUCAAUUGCGAUGUUUUGACACCGAAAAUGACGCGAAAAAUGCAGAAAACCCUGACAAUCUGCAUUUUUUCGUCAUUUUCAAUGUUUUGACACCGAAAAUGCAGAAAAACCCUGAAAAUCUGCAUUUUCUCGUCAAUUUCAAUGUUUUGACACCGAAAAUGACGCGAAAAUGCAGAAAACCCUGAAAAUCUGCAUUUUCUCGUCAAUUGCGAUGUUUUGACACCGAAAAUGACGCGAAAAUGCAGAAAACCCUGAAAAUCUGCAUUUUCUCGUCAAUUGCGAUGUUUUGACACCGAAAAUGACGCAAAAAUGCAGAAAACCCUGACAAUCUGCAUUUUUUCGUCAUUUUCAAUGUUUUGACACCGAAAAUGCAGAAAAACCCUGAAAAUCUGCAUUUUCUCGUCAAUUUCAAUGUUUUGACACCGAAAAUGACGCGAAAAAUGCAGAAAAACCCUGAAAAUCUUCAUUUUUUCGUCAAUUUCAAUGUUUUGACACUGAAAAUGACGCAAUGAUGCAGAAAAACCCUGAAAAUCUGCAUUUUCUCGUCAAUUUCAAUGUUUUGACACUGAAAAUGACGCAAUGAUGCAGAAAAACCCUGAAAAUCUGCAUUUUCUGUCAAUUUCAAUGUUUUGACACCGAAAAUGCAGAAAAAACCUGAAAUUCUGCAUUUUUUCGUGAAUUUCAAUGUUUUGACAAAGAAAAUGACGCGAAAAUGCAGAAAAACCCUGAAAAUCUGCAUUUUUUCGUCAAUUUCAAUGUUUUGACACCGAAAAUGACGCGAAAAUGCAGAAAUUUUCGAUUUUUCAGGACGAAUUCGAGGAAAAGGCGAGCCUCAACGCGGCCGACGUCGAAAUUGAGCUUAGCGUUCAAAAAUGUCCAAGAUUGUUGAAAAAAGGUGGGAAAAUAUCGAUUUUGGCCUAAAAUUAUCGAUUUGUCAUGAUUUUUCACCUAAAAACAUCAAAUUUUCCGUUCAGAAAUGCGAUUUUUGUUCCCACAACUCGACACAGCUUCAAUGGAUGUUACAGUCAUGAAUUUGGCUCAAAAAACUGAAAAUGACAUGAAAUCGUGGAGUGAAAUGAUGGAAGAGGAACGUGAGAAUUUGACGGCGGCUGUGAGUUGAAAAAUCGCCGCGUAAACGUGGAGUAUCGUUGGAAAUAGCGUUUACACGGCGAAAAAUGAUGGAUUUUGAGCCAAAAACCGUGAUUUUUCCAAUUUUCCAACGAUGCUCCGCGUUUACACCCUCGAAAUUUCCCCGCUUAAUUCAAAUUUUCCUCCAGUUCAUCAUGUCGGCUGACGCAAUUUGCACAACUUUGAGAAAAUGCGGAUAUUGGGCCGAUUUUAUCGAUCCAGCUUCAGGCCGCCCAUAUUUGGAGGCGUGAGUUUUUGAAAUUUUAUUUUUGGCGCCAAAAAUAAAUUUUCAAAAAUUUUUUCUUCAGCUACACAAAUCACACGUUGUUUGAGACACACGAUGCUUACAAGCAAAUGGGAUUCAAAAUUGAGGAUUUGGGAUGUUGUAAGGUGAGAAAUUGGGGGAAACUACGAUGCUCCGCGUUUACGCGAGGGAGUUUGAGCAAAUUUGAGGGUUUUUGAGAGAAAACAACGAUGCUCCGCGUUUACGCGAGGGUUUUUGAGCAAUUUUGAGGGGUUUUGAGAGAAAACAACGAAAUUCCGCGUUUACGCGAGCGAUUUUGAGCAAAUUUGAGGGUUUUGAGAGAAAACAACGAUGCUCCGCGUUUACGCGGCGGUUUUUGAGCAAUUUUGAGCGAAAACAACGAAACUCCGCGUUUACGCGGGCGGUUUUGAGCAAUUUUGAGCGAAAACAACGAAACUCCGCGUUAACGCGACGAUUUUUGAGCAAAUUUGAGAGAAAACAACGAUGCUCCGCGUUUACGCGGCGGUUUUUGAGCAAUUUUGAGCGAAAACAACGAAACUCCGCGUUUACGCGGGCGGUUUUGAGCAAUUUUGAGCGAAAACAACGAAACUCCGCGUUUACGCGGCGGUUUUUGAGCAAUUUUGAGCGAAAACAACGAAACUCCGCGUUAACGCGACGAUUUUUGAGCAAAUUUGAGAGAAAACAACGAUGCUCCGCGUUUACGCGGCGGUUUUUGAGCAAUUUUGAGCGAAAACAACGAAACUCCGCGUUUACGCGGGCGGUUUUGAGCAAUUUUGAGCGAAAACAACGAAACUCCGCGUUUACGCGGCGGUUUUUGAGCAAUUUUGAGCGAAAACAACGAAACUCCGCGUUAACGCGACGAUUUUUGAGCAAAUUUGAGAGAAAACAACGAUGCUCCGCGUUUACGCGGCGGUUUUUGAGCAAUUUUGAGCGAAAACAACGAAACUCCGCGUUUACGCGGGCGGUUUUGAGCAAUUUUGAGCGAAAACAACGAAACUCCGCGUUUACGCGGCGGUUUUUGAGCAAUUUUGAGCGAAAACAACGAAACUCCGCGUUUACGCGGCGAUUUUUGAGCAAUUUUGAGAGAAAACAACGACACUCCGCGAUUUCGCCACCAUUUUUGACCGCCUAAAAGCGAUUUUCCCCCAAAAACAACGAUGCUCCGCGAUUCCGCCACCAUUUUUCACUGCGUUAAAGCGAUUUUCCCGCCAAAAACAACGAUGCUCCGCGAUUCCGCCACCCAAAAUCUCCGAUUUUCCAGGUUCUAAUGCACGCCAUGUGGGGCUCUCACGCAUUUGUUGGCACAAUUUUCACCAACGCUCCCACCGAUUGCGAUAUUGUGUCGGAUAUCAUGAAAAAAGUGAAUCACGAUGAGGAAAUUUGA